AUGGCCCUUAAGAUCAAAACUUUCCUUCUACUUCUUCUCUUGCUCCUCAUUCCCUUAUCUUCAGGAUUGGGUGAAGGCUUCAGGGAAAACAUGCAUCCUACUCAUGCCUUACUUUUAAAGGAUGGUAUGAAGGUGAAGUCAAGGAAGCUAUUUGGUCAUGAUUUUGUGUUGGAUUAUGAUGAGGCAGGACCCAACCCAAGGCACAGUAAGAAACCUGGGAAGGGCCCUUGA